AUAAAUAUGAGUGAUAGUGAUAGUAAAAUAAAAAAUGGAAUCGAAAUCACUGUUAUUUCAGAAGAGAAAAAAACUAAAGCAGAUGCUGCAAAAGAAGCUGCAAAUAAAUUAUUUCAAGAAAAAAAAUAUGAAGCUGCAAUAACUAAAUAUACAGAGGCCAUCGAUUUAAACCCCAAUGUUGCAGCUUAUUAUGCAAAUCGAUCUUUUUCUUAUAUCAAAACUGAAGCAUACGGCUAUGCAAUUUCAGAUGCAGAAUUAGCAAUAAAAAUUGAUCCAACAUAUACAAAGGGGCACUAUAGAAGAGCAGUGGCAAAUAUGGCACUUUGUAGAUUUGAAGAUGCCCUUCGAGAUUUUCGAAUAGUUAAUAAAAGAAUUCCAAGUGAUACAAAUGCAGAAGCUGGUUUAAAAAAAUGUGAAAAGAUUGUAAAAAAAAUGAAAUUUGAAAAAGCUAUUUCGGUAGAUCGUAAGUCUGUACUAGAUUCAUUGGAUUUGGACUCAAUCAUUGUAGAAUCAUCAUAUGAUGGACCUAAAUUACAAAAUGAUAAAAUCACAUUAGAAUUUGUCAAAGAAAUGUUAGAUUAUUUCAAAGAUCAAAAGAAAAUUCAUCGAAAAUAUGCAUAUAAGAUUAUUUUAUCAGUAAGAAAUUUGAUGUUAGAAGUCCCAUCAUUAGUAGAUAUUGAUAUUCCAAAAGAUUCUAAAAUCACAGUUUGUGGAGAUAUUCAUGGACAAUUUUAUGAUCUAUUAAAUAUCUUUGAUCUUAAUGGUCUACCAUCUACAAAUAACAUGUAUCUUUUCAAUGGUGAUUUUGUUGAUCGUGGAUCAUUUAGUUUAGAGGUGAUAUUGACAUUGUUUGCUUUCAAAUGGCUUUACCCAAAUUCAUUGCAUUUAACAAGAGGGAACCACGAAACUGAUGAUAUGAAUAAAGUAUAUGGAUUUGAGGGAGAGGUGCAUGCCAAAUAUUCUAAAGAAAUGUUUGAACUUUUUGCAGAAACUUUUACCACCCUACCCCUUGCAAAUGUUAUAAAGAACAAGAUAAUGGUGGUACACGGUGGAUUGUUUAGUCGUGAUGAUGUCACAUUAGAUGAAAUAAGAAAAGUUAACAGAUUUAACAGUCGACAAAUAAAUAGCGAAAGUUUGAUGUGUGAAAUUUUGUGGUCAGAUCCACAAAUAUCACCAGGAAGAAGUCCAAGUAAAAGAGGAUUAGGUGUACAAUUUGGACCAGAUGUUACUGAGAAUUUCUUGAAAAGAAAUAAUCUUGUUAAAGAAAAUGGUUAUGUUAUAGAACAUAAUGGUAAAUGCAUAACUGUUUUUUCAGCACCUAAUUACUGUGACACAAUGGGAAACAAAGGAGCAUUUAUUGUCAUCACACCAGACUUGGAGUUAAAUUACAAGACAUUCACUGCUGUGGUAA